AUGGUGUCCGUAAACGCGGUCCGUUAUGUCGGUUACGUUGGUGCCGCGGCAAACUGGCUUAUACCUAUUGCCGGUAUAAUGAAUUUUCCUACCCGGAAGCCCAGUGAGAUUGACCCUGUAAUGACAACAGUUCUCGGAACGUACAGCGCCAUUUUUGUUCGGUGGGCUAUCGCCAUUUUGCCAGCCAACUACCCAUUGUGUCUUUGCCAUCUUACGAAUAGCACUGUGCAGUUCGCGACUCUUGUGCGCUAUGCCCUUGGAGACAAGAAAAAUCCGGCUCUCAAGAAUGAAUAA